AUGUCUAGUCAAGAAGCCGACGAAUACAAAAAUGAUCCAAAUGUCCAAGAAAAUAGCGAGGCUUUCUGCAAAAUUUUCAUUGGCGGAAUCAAGCUUGAGACUACCGAAGAAACUAUGCGAGAAUUUUACGGGAAAUUUGGAGAAAUUACCGAUUGUGUCAUCAUGAAAGAUCCACACACCAAGAGAAGCCGUGGCUUUGGCUUUGUUACCUACAAGCAUAAACCAAUGGUCGACGAAUGUAUGAAAAAUCGCCCUCAUGAAAUCGACGGAAAGACGGUUGAUCCAAAACGUGCCGUUCCAAAGGAUGCUAGCAACAAAAACGAGUCUAACAUAUCAUCAAAGCGUCUUUAUGUCAGCGGAGUCAAGGAUUCGCAUACCGAGGACAUGUUCCGCGAUUAUUUCACCACCUAUGGCAAUGUUGAGAAGGUCGAAAUCAUUGUCGACAAGUCCACCGGAAAGCCUCGCGGUUUCGCGUUUGUCUCGUUCGAUGACUAUGAUCCUGUUGAUCAGUGUAUUCUCGAGAAGUCGCACACUAUCGAGGGAAGCCGUUGUGAUGUAAAGAAGGCACUGAGCAAAGAUGAAAUGGCCAAAGCUCAAAACCAGAGAGAUCGCCAGCAACGAUUCCAUCAAACUCGCGGGCCAGGUGGUCGAGGUGGCGGCGGUUACCAGGGUGGCGGAUGGAACCAAGGUGGCGGUGGCGGCUAUGGGGGCGGAUAUGAUCAAGGAUAUGGAGGCUGGAAUGGCGGACAGCAGCAAGGCUGGGCUGCUGAUGCUGGUGCAGGAUGGGGACAACAAGGAGGCUGGGGCGCUGGUCAACAAGGCGGAUGGGCUGGUCAACAAGGCGGUCAGCAGCAAUGGGGCGCUGGACAAGGAAAUGGCUGGGGACGUGGCGGCCAUCAA